AUGAAUAGUGCGCAAAAAAUGAUACGGCAAUGUAUGUGUGAUGAAGUUGAACCAUGCAAAACAAUUGCCGUCAAGUCAAUUUUGCCAUGUGCUGAUAAAUGUCAGAAAUACAUUUCUUCUAUUAGCAGAAACUAUCAACAAAUUCGUAGUUGUUUUCAACAAAAGCAACAAGUUAUUAAUGGUACGAUAAUGUGCUCACAAAAUUCCUUUCCCAAUUCAUGUGUACAUGGAAGAGUAGCAAACUUGAUACCACGUCGGUAUACAAAAAGUAUCGAACUUGCAGCAAUGAAUGAAAUCAAUAAAGAUCUACACAGAAUGGGAAUAGCAGAUCAGAUAGCCAGUAUAUUAACUCAAGGCCGACACUUUUUCCGAUGCUUCCAGUCGUGCAUGACAAGGAGACUGGAUAAAUGUACUACAGGUUGUGGUCUUGAUUUACCGCCUGAUAAUGCGGUAGUUCAAAUAAUCAAAACUUGCGCUAUUAAUAUGGGCCUACAUACAGCAACAAUACAGGAUCUCUGCUUUUGUCUUAACAAUGCUGGUAUCCAGCAACUUGCUGAUAUAUGUCCUCGCGUACAGAUUUAG